AUGGCAUUCCAACAUGACGAAAUCAUCGAUGAUAUGGAGUUUGCGAUUCGUAGAUUCUCGGAAUGUUGUGAUCAGUUGGUCCCUCAUGUAAUACGUCUGAUGAAUUCACCCAUUGAAUCAAUACGCGCUUCGGCUUUUGGAUUUGCUCUUGAGAUUAUCAACCAGAAGCCUCAGACCCGUACACAACUCAAGGAAGCGUACAUAAAUAAAAUACAAAGCAACGACCUAGAUGUUUCACGUCAAGCUAUCACUUUUCUGCCAGAUUUCGUUAAAAAUUGUGUCGCCUAUGCCGAUGAACUCAUUGAGGCCGCCGUGAACUGCAGCACACGUAGAAAUGCCCUUAACGAUGUGAAUGAUUACAUAGUCGAAGCAAUGACCGUAUUAGGGCAACGAAGUGAAGAGGAUGGGGAGAAGGAGCAUUCGUCGAUUUUUCCGCUGUUGAAUAGAUUCGGUAUCGACCGUACUGCAGGAAUCUUCCAUGAAUUCAUAGUGGUUCUUAUGUCGCUUUGA